AUGUCGCCAAACCGUCCAACUGUACAUCGUCCAGUAGACGGCCGCCCUCACCAGCCGUUGCUACAGGAUGAACGUCGGCGAUUGUCGAACACCGAUUUUGGCCAUGGCAAUGCUGAACACAGGCCUAUGCUGCACCAUUCCAGGCGGCCGACGAUCAGGAGUCCGGAGUAUUCUGCGGAGCUGGCGACUCGGCGAAAGUACAUGAUUGCAUCGGGAUUCUUGCUGUUGAGCUUGGCUAGUUUUGUGGUUCAGACUGAGACGGCGGUAUAUAUCCAGCAUGAGCUGCAUUGGGACAAACCGUACUGCAUGCUCUACCUUACCCACGGGUCGUGGUCCCUUCUGUGGCCUGUCCAACUCCUUAUCUUGCGAAUACAGAAGAGGAAGCUUUCCUGGGAAGCAUUCUGGCGACGUCACGUUUAUUUAUUACGCACCACGGCGCAAAUGGUUGAGUCGAGAGAUCUACACCUCACGUCGCGCGAUUUGCACCGGUCACCGAUUCCCUACAUGCUCCGGACGACGGCUUUUGUGACUGUAGCUCUCACCAUUGCCGGUGGAUCAUGGUAUGUGGCAGUCAAUCUUACGACGGCCAGUGACCUGACCGCAAUCUACAACUGCUCCGCGUUCUUCGCGUAUGCUUUCUCCAUUCCGCUACUGAAAGAUAAGCUGCGGUUCGAUAAGGUCUUUUCGGUUGUCGUUGCCAUUGUCGGAGUUCUGGUGGUUGCGUACGGUGAUCGCAGCGAAAGCAAACAGACUCCGGACGGCACAGUGGGGAAGGCAAAGCAGGAAGCAGAGAACAGACUUUUGGGCAAUGUCAUAAUCGGGAUCGGAAGCGUGCUCUACGGUCUCUACGAGGUGUUGUACAAGCGAUUCGCUUGUCCCCCGGAGGGCACAAGCGCCGGCCGGAGCAUGAUCUUCGCCAACACCUUCGGCAGUCUCAUCGGAUGCUUUACCUUGCUGGUCCUCUGGAUUCCCUUGCCUAUCCUCCACAUGCUGGGCUGGGAAGAGUUUCGAGUGCCCACCGGCGAGGCCGCAUGGAUGCUCCUUAUAUCGGUCGCCGCCAAUGCCACCGCCCUCCUCACCAUCUUCCUCGUCGCCAUCGUCGACUGGCUGCGCACGGGACAACCGCUCUCCGCCGCGUCGAUCGUGGGCGGUCUCCUCAUCAUCGUCGCCUUCUUCCUCCUGAGCUGGAGCACCUACCGCGAAAUGAACGAGGAAAAGAGGAAGAGCCUUGAAGCCGAGGAGAUGGAGUCCGAAUGUGAUGACUAG